UGAAAAUAACUUUUGCACAAAUGUCAAAUGGCUCCUUUGUGUUGUGAUUGAUUGAUUUUCUAUUUGUUUUCGCAGUUUUCCUCACCGUAUCGGAAAUAAUAGUCUAACGUAAUCAUGUGGGACGAGGAGACGGAAACGGAGUGUGUCAAUGACAUAGUGAGGCUGACGGCUUGGAAAGCAUCGGAUACCUACGGGGCCCUUUACAAUGAUCUGAUGCAGGAGGUCAAACAUUCUGCGCCCGGUGCUAGACUCUCGGCACGGCUGCGAACGGCACUUGAGAGACUAUCCCCUGAUGACCGCCGUCUCCUCUGCUCUCGUACUCGCGACGGCUGCGCCCCCCUCUUCAUCGCCUGCCGACGCGGCAAUCUGGAGGCAGUGGAGUACCUGGUCCAUGUUUGCAAUGCGGAUCUGGAGCAACGCGGCGUUUACGAGGUGAGGGUCCCAGAUGAGCGUUCCGUCCAUUGCGUCACAGCGCUCUGGUGCGCGGCCGUGGCCGGCCACCUGCCCGUGCUCCGGGCCCUCGCCGACGCCGGAGCCAAGCUGGAUGCUGGCUCGGACUCCGGGUCUACCCCCGUCCGGAGCGCCUGCUUCAUGACACACCUCGACAUCGUCAAGUUCUUGGUGGAACGCGGCGCUGACAUACACCGGCCGAAUCACAAUGGCGGAACUUGUCUCAUUAAUUCUGUACAGUCUUUGCGGCUAUGCACGUAUCUCAUCGAUCACGGAGCUGAAGUCGAUGCAACAGACAUGCAACACAAAACUGCACUACACUACGCGAUCCAAGAGCACCGCCUAGAAACCGCGCGUCUUCUUCUAGCGAGAGGUGCUGAUCCGCGCCUUACUUCACGUGCCGGAGACGAUGCGUUACGUACUGCCGCUCUGAAGGGAGCUAGUCAGGUGAUGGCACUGUUAGCGGCACGCGUCCGCUACGGGCCCUCCCGUCUCGCCGACGCUUACGAAUUGCUAGGAGCGACUCAACUGGAUGAAUUCAACGAUGUGUCCGCCUGUCUGGCGGCUUGGAGACGCGCUACUGCUUUGAGGCAUGCUACGGGGCAAUACGUGCCUAAAGUACCUGAACAGGAGCCGCGUAAGGCCCUGCUAUACAUGCGCGAAUGGCGCACUAUGGCAGAACUGGAAGCGUGCGCGGCCGACGCUGACACUCUGCGCAUACAGGCCCUGCUGGUGUGCUGUCGCGUGUUGGGCAAGGAGCACAAGGAACACGUCUUCCGACUGAUGUACCGUGGAGCAUCGUAUGCGGAUUCAUUCCGCUACCAACGCUGUAUUGACUUGUGGACGUGGGCGCUCGAGAUACGGCUCGAGAAAGACUCUAUUCUAUAUCCUGACACUUGCCACACCGCGUGCGCCCUGACGCGUCUGCUGCUGGACGCGCGCGGCGCGCUGCCCGCACAGCCACAUGAAGAUGUCGUUCACAUUGCUGAACUGCUGAUGAACGCGUUGCCUGAGGCCCGCGAAUGGCUAGUGCCUCGCCCUGUUUUUAAAAAGCAAGCGGACACGUUUGACCGCGCGCUACGCUGCCUCGCACACCUCCUACAUCUGAUGCUCGACACUGCCUCCACCGACGAAGAACGGGCUCAUGUGCAUCGUCGAAUGCGUCGCGUCGUCGAACUCCAACUCCGCUCAGCGCACACCUGCGACACUCUCCUCCACCUCUCUGUGUCGCGAUUAACUGUGAUUCGUUCCUCUUACUGCGGGGAGGAAGCAGGUGCCCUGUUCCCUAGCGUGAGCCUGGCUAAGGCGUUACUGGCUGCAGGCGCGGACCCGCUGCGGCGCAACGCGGCGCGCUGCACGGCGCUGCACGUGGCCGUGCUGCCGUACAACUUCAGCUCGGCGCUGGUGGAGGCGCUGCUGGCGGGCGGCGCGCACCUCGACCAGCCCAACAAGUUCGGCGACUCGGCGCGCGAGCUGCUGGCGCUCAACGCGCACAGCGCCGUGCGGCCGCUGCGCCACGUCACGCUGCAGUGCCUCGCCGCCGCCGCGCUGCGCCGCGCGCCCGCCGCGCCCGCCGUGCCGGCCCAUCUCGUGCACUUCGUGGACCUACAUCGCCCUUAGUUACUAACAUUUUACAGUGCCUCGCCGCCGCCGCGUUGUGCAGGCAUGCGCCUACGCUGGCGCUAGAGGCGCCCUGCAUACCGAUCCAUCUCGUACAGUUCGUGGACUUACGUCGCCCUUAGUUAGUAACAUUUUACAGUCUCUCGCCGCCGCCGCGUUGUGCAGGCAUGCGCCCACGCUGGAGCUAGAGGCGCCCUGCAUACCAAUCCAUCUCGUGCAGUUCGUGGAUUUACAUCGCCCUUAGUUAGUAACAUUUUACAGUCCCUCGCCGCCGCCGCGUUGUGCAGGCAUGCGCCCACGCUGGCGCUAGAGGCGCCCUGCAUACCGAUCCAUCUCGUACAGUUCGUGGAUUUACAUCGCCCUUAGUUAAUAACAUUUUACAUUGCCUCGCUGGCGCUAGAGGCGCCCUGCGUACCUACCCAUCUCGUACAGUUCACAGAUUUACAUCGCCCUUAGUUAAUAACAUUUUACAUUGCCUCGCUGGCGCUAGAGGCGCCCUGCGUACCUACCCAUCUCAUACAGUUCGUGGAUUUACAUCGCCCUUAGUUAAUAAUACAUAUUUUGAAAUCUUUAUUAUUUUUCACAAUUUCUAUUUAUGAGAGAUUUCAGAAAAUAGUGUACCCAAUAGGAAAUAUUACGCGCUCCUA